AUGGCGAAGUGCGCCAAUGCUUCCAAUGCGCUCCUUUUGCUUUUCUUCUGUUUUCUACGCAUCGAGGCCAUUUUAGACCCUGCUGAUUUCCUCGCUCUGCAAUCCAUUCGUAAAGCCCUACAAGACAUGCCUGGUUCCGAUUUCUUCUCCUCCUGGGAUUUCACCGCUGACCCAUGCAGCUUCGCCGGCGUUUACUGCGACUCCGACAAGGUCAUCGCCCUCAACCUCGGCGAUCCCAGGGCGGGCUCCCCCGGCCUCACCGGCCGCCUCGACCCCGCCCUCGGCAAGCUUUCCGCGCUCGCCGAGUUCACCGUCGUCCCCGGAAGAAUCUACGGUCCUCUCCCGGAAUCCAUCUCCGAUUUGAAGAACCUCAGAUUCCUCGGCGUCAACCGCAACUUCAUCUCCGGCGAAAUUCCGACCAAUCUCGGGGAGUUACGCAGCCUCAGAACCCUCGAUCUUAGCUACAACCAACUCACCGGACGCAUUCCUCCAACCGUAGGAUCGCUACCGGAGCUAACAAACCUGAUCCUCUGCCAUAACCGCCUCUCCGGUUCUGUCCCACGGUUUGAGUCACACACAUUAACGCGUCUCGACCUGAAGCAUAACUCUCUCUCCGGUUCGCUUCCUCCGAACUCGCUCCCUCCCUCUCUGCAGUACCUCUCCCUGGCCUGGAACCAGCUCACUGGCCAAAUGGACCGCCUUCUGGGCCGCCUCGAUCAGCUGAAUUAUUUGGACCUUAGCCUCAACCGCUUCACAGGCCCAAUCCCGGACCGCGUAUUUUCCUUCCCGCUCACGAAUCUGCAGUUGGAAAGGAACCAGUUCUCGGGCCCAGUCAAGCCCGUUGAUCAGGUGUCCAUCCCGACCGUUGAUCUUAGUUACAACCGGUUGUCCGGUCAGAUAUCGCCGAUGCUGGCGAGCGUGCAGAACCUGUACCUGAACAACAACCAGUUCACGGGUCGGGUACCGGCUAGCUUCGUGGAGCGGUUGCUGGACGCGAGCAUUCAGAUACUUUAUUUGCAACAUAACUAUCUGACGGGGAUUGAGAUAAGCCCAACGGCGGUGAUUCCAGAGAGAAGCUCCCUGUGUCUGCAGUAUAAUUGCAUGGUCCCGCCCGUAGAGACGCCCUGCCCCUUGAGGGCUGGUAAGAGGAAAACUAGGCCUACUACGCAAUGCAACCAGUUGAAGACCUGA